GAGACGCGCCGGCGGGUCCAGCAGUCGCGAGCACGUUGCUAGUGGGCGCGGCUGGUGGGGCCAGGGGUGGUGGGAGGCGAGCGUCCACCUGAGCUCGGCGGGUUCCGGCAUCCCGACCCACGCUCGGCCGGAUCACUCUGUUGAGUGACACAGCUGUGGCCUCGGAGGAGCUGUCGUCCGGCCUGCGCGGCGGGAAGCGGCGGCGGCCUCAACGCCCUAGAGAAGCUGAAAUCCAUCCAUCACCAUUCUUCAAAAUGCAAUGGAAUGUACCAAGGACUGUAUUCCAACUGGCACAUAGGACAUGCAUGGACCCACAUAAAGCUGGUCUUUUUGGACACUGUCAAUAUAUAAAGGGACCAUUACUUUUGUAUACAGCUGAAUCCAGAGUAGUUUUGGUACAGGUUCCUCUAAAACAAUGGCUGCAUUUAUCUGCUGCCCAGUGCACUGCAAAAGCAAGGAAGCCAUUCGAUGCUCCUUCACCCCAACUGAGGGUUCUUCAUUAUAAACAGUGGGAGCAAGAUGCUUCCUCGAAGAGGGUAAUGUCAUCCAAUGCCACAUCUCCAGGAACGCCUUCAGAAAAAAAAGAAGAACCUGAUCCUUUACAAGACAAAUCUAUUAGCCUUUAUCAACGAUUUAAGAGAACUUUUAGACAGUAUGGAAAAGUGUUGAUUCCAGUCCAUCUAAUAACUUCUGGUGUUUGGUUUGGAACAUUUUAUUAUGCAGCCAUGAAAGGAGUGAAUGUCAUUCCUUUUCUAGAGCUUAUUGGGUUACCUGACAGCAUAGUAAACAUUUUGAAAAAUUCCCAGAGCGGAAAUGCCCUAACAGCAUAUGCCUUGUUUAAGAUUGCAACACCUGCCCGAUAUACCGUGACUUUGGGGGGAACCUCCUUCACUGUGAAGUAUCUGCGUAGUCGUGGCUACAUGUCAACACCGCCUCCUGUGAAGGAGUAUCUACAGGAUAAGAUGGAAGAGACAAAGGAGCUUCUCACAGAGAAAAUGGAAGAAACGAAGGAUAGACUCACUGAAAAAUUACAAGAAACCAAAGAAAAGGUUUCUUUUAAAAAAAAAGUGGAAUAGGGUGUCUUAUAUAAGAGGUUAUAAACGAUCCCUGCCUUUUAACCCUUAAGAGACAAGGGACAGAUUCAUGCUCCUGAGUAUAUUUUUGGUUGGUUUCCUAACUCUGCCAAUUCUCGGAGUUAAGGUUAAAGAACUAAGAUAACCUUUUUAACAUUAAGUGUCACUAGAAAAAUCAGUGUUCUUUGAAAAGAAAAAUAUGAACCCAGUAUAAGAAUUUCACAUCAACAGCAGCAUUGAGCAGUGUUAAUGUCUAAGACUCUUUUCAAGGUCCUCAGAAGCAGACUUGCUUGUGUUUUGUUGCAGCGAUACUUUACGCAGACGAGGCAGUUGACUUCUUGAAUAACUGAUGUGGCCCUAGACAGGAAGUUAUGCUAGUGUUCAUCUUUAUGUUAUUCAUUGAAGUUUUAACUGUAUUCAGUCCUCAUUCUCAUUAUGGAGACAAACUUUUAUCAUCAAAACUACCUAUGAAUAAGAGAAUAGUGUUUCUAUAAAAAAAAAAGUGUUUAACAGUUACAUACCAGUUAAAAUUAUAGACUUUAUAUGAAGAAAAUUGAAUAAAAAUUGAGUCAUACAUGUAAAUAAGAUGUAUUGGUUAUAUGUAAAUGAAAAAAUUGACCAUUUAAAAAUGAUUUUUACCUGAAGCUUGUCAUAAUCAAAUUUUUAAAGUAAAUAUAUAUGGCCAUAGUACCUUUUCACCUAGAACAUAAAACUAUGAAUUGUUUGUGUCCUUUUCAACUAAUUUUUCAGAGGAAAAGUGAAAGUAACUAUACCGUAAGUUCAUUGUUGAAAUCAGAUUAUCUUAAGCAGCGAUUCAAGUUCGUGGUUUUCAAGAAAAUACCGCUUUGGAAGAAUGGAAAAUGGCACCAGGUUGUCAUGGACGUACCCACUCUCCUGCCACUAGCAGGUCUUGUCUCCAUAAGCCAGCACUAUCUCCCAGUGUCUUCUCCCAGACUUAAUGGUGAUCUCAUUAUGGAAUAAAUUUUAAAAUUGUAGUUGCUGCUCUUUCACUGAUAUUGAAUCCUUGCUUGAGUGUUUUACUUAACAUUUUUUAUACUAAAACUAUCAUUAAAGUAUCUGCUUGGAAUGAAAUUCAACCAUUGUCAGAUAUGAAAGUUGUCAUGAUUGUGUGGGUGUGUUUAGGGGGUCUGUAUCUGUUUUAACUGCCUUUUACUUCAUUUCCCUUGAAUUGAUAUUUGCAAGAGGGAACGGUGUCUGCCUAGAUUGUCUGUUUAGAUUAUCUGAGGGACCAGCAGGAACAAUCCUGCAAAAAUCACCGCUAUUUGGCAGGUUUUCGUAUUUAAUAUUUAGUUUGGCCAAAUUUAGAAAAUACUUUAGAGGAAAAAGAAUGUUUACAUUUGAUACAUUUAAUCAUUAUAUUGGAACACCUCUUAAAUGAAUAUAAUGUGGUUGGAACUUCGUUUGCGGGUGGGGCAGAGUAGUGAGGGGAGGGCCAGGAGCCGUUGGUGUGCCUGGUGUAGUGCUGAUCAGGAGAAUGGUUAGUCCUCUCAGAGUGGAACUUGCGAUUUCAAAUUGACAGCACAUUUUGAAAUCUAAAUAUAAUUGACAUGUUUUAGCCUGUUUGUUAAAUAAUUCACCUAUUUUCAGAUAUGAAAUGCUAAGAUAUUAACAAAUUUCUUGGUUUUUUUCUUAUUUUUUUUAACCACUUGAGACUUUGCCUUGUGUUUUAAUAUCUUGCAUUAUAUAGAACUCUUCUAAAACAAUUUCCUUUCACUGUGCACAUUGCACAGGACAUAUUUUCCAAUGGGGAUAAAUUGUGGGUUCUUAGACGGUACUAAUAAUCCUGAGACUGUAAUUUGCUUUUCUUGAGUAUCCACCUUUUUGCUCAGUCCAUUUGUUUUGCUGCCACCCAGUUUCAUAAUUAUGUUGCAUUUAUUCAGUUAUAGAAAGGGAUGCUGAGGAGUGCUUUGAAAUUCUCUAGUAAAAAGUUCUCUGAAUUCCUCACCAGUUUCUGCUGGCCAAAAUCCAACCACCCAGACUUCAAAGGAAUAUAUAUUUGAAUGUGAAAGGUAAAACGUUGAGGUAUAUAUAAUUUUUAACUGUAUUACGGAUGUUUGAACUAGUUUCAAAGUGAGGUUUUAUUUAUUGAAUAUACAUCAGAACCGGUGGUCCCUGUAUCACUUUGUACCAAUGUGGUCUGCUUAGUUAAAACCAGUUCUUGCAUCCCUUAAUUUUUUAUGACGGUUGUGAUUUUUGUAGUUAUUAUUUGGGUUUCUAGUGUUUUAUUUUUCUUUGCAACUCUCCACACUAAAACUCACAACAUUUUGGAGCGGCCAUAACGUAACUCGACACAAUAGUGAGGUGUAGCAGAAAUCCCCCGGCAGUGCACUGGGGCUCACAAUGAUCACUAUUGAUUUAAAGCUUUAUUUAGCCUUCAUCUGUACCCUCAUAAUCAAUAAUGUCUUGCCACAUCUUAUUAGGUUGAAAAAUGUAUUAUUUGUUGUUCUGCUGCCCUUCCCCCAGUAUUAAACUGAAAUUUGUGAUUUGUUUAAACUCUGAGUGAAUCAUAGCUUAGUUUGCAUGUCCAGCUAAUUUGUUUCUUACACAUUUUGUUUGAUUCUCCUCUUAGCUUUUAAUGUGUGUGUGUGUGUGUGUGUGUGUGUGUGUGUAUCUUCUGAAAAGUUUUUUGACGUACAAGUUUUUCUCUUUGAUUUGUGGACACAAUGCUGAGGGUCAAUAACUACAUGAAACUACUGGCUGUGAAAACAACAAAAAAUCCAAAGGGCUGUUUUUCCAAGUGCCCCCUCCUUCCCCACCCAGGGAAGCUAUGUGACAGUGGGAUGCCAGUUUCAGAAAGAUUCGUCUUACCUUCAACCCUCUGUUCGUCUCUUUCGUCUCUUCUCUUUUCUUCAAGAAAGAAGUUGAUCCUAGUGAUUUCAGCCCAUGCAUUAAACAGGAAAAUAUAAUGUAUAGAAUUCAUAUUUUUCUAAAGGGAACUUAAAAACUACUUCUACAGGUUUGUACAAAACUGGUUUAUACCACAUGAGCAGAAUCACAAGAUUAGCUUUGGUACUUUGUUCCUCUUUGUAUUCAGUUGUAUAGAACUUCCAAAUUCAAAAUGAGAAGAAAAGCUUUUCCGUAGCAAACCAUGUAAGCAAUAAAUAUAUUUUAAAACAACCCAAAAAAAUCUGUAAAGAUGGGAGAAGUUCUUUUGACAUUUAGCAUCAGACAUAUUUGUAUCAUAUCAAAUGCUGUUGUUACCAUAUUCCUAACCUUAGGGAAACUACAAGUAUCUUAAACGGGGACACCUGUAAUAUGCUGUAUGAAGUUAAAUUGUUAAGUUAUAUAGAAAGUAAAUAUAUAUAGUUUGCAAUAUAUAUCAUAAACCCCAUUUCAUUUAUAAUAAACCUUAUUCUUUGGAUUAAUUGGCCCAUAAAUUCUGGGAGCUCCAAGGCAGAGCAGCUCCCCGUCUAGUCUGCAUGUGUGUAAGUAGGAUGUGUUGACAGGUCAAGAGGCUAUGACUGAGAUUAAACUUUAUAUAAAGUGGAUGAAAAGGGUUUGCUCAGCAAAUUAACAAUUGAAAUGAAAAAGAUUAGGUAAGAGAUGUAGUUUAUUCAAGGAUAAUAGCAAAGCCAAACUUCUAAAAGUACCAAAAAAUGUCUCUUACUGAAAUCUUUUGUGUACAAGUGCUGUUUUCAGACCUCAAGAAGGGAGAAAAGGAAUGCAUAUACUGAGAUUACCUUUCUUCCAGUAGUGAAAAUAAUAAAAUGAUGCCUUAAAUGUAGUCUUCAAUUUAUUUUUUUACAAAAUCUCCCUCCAUUUAUUUAAAAAUGAAAAAUAUUACUACUAGUAUAGUCCUAUGUGCUCCAGGAUGAAAUGAGCUAUUGGCUGACUUAUUUCAGUCAUCUGAGAAGAUAAUUCAGGAAUUUAAAAGAUCUUCAUAGUUUGGGCAGAAGUGUUUGAAGAAAAGAAGCAAGUUGUAUAUUAGACCCAUUUAGCUUUUCCUGUGUUCUUUCCACAGGAUCAUCUUUAGGACAGUGUACACAGGCCACUGUAGAAUAUGGUGAUGCUAAUGAAAUGGACAGGAGGAGAUUUUGGCAAUAAGACAGAAUAUGUGUGCACCUUUCCUAGCAUGUUUGAAAUGAUACCAUUUUUACAAAAUGUGUAUGUGAGAUACACAUUUCUGAAUUAUUAAAGGAUUCUUUCUGAAAAAUACUUGUUUUAAUGGUAAUAUAGACAUAUAUCUUCUGUUGGCUACAGUUCAUGAUUUUUUUAAAAUGGGGACCUUCAUUUAAUUAAGAUUUUCAAAAUUGUGUCUCCACAAGGCCUAAAAUAAAGUAGAUUAAAUGUUA